GGCAAACUGCAGACAUAAAUGUCACUCAGCAGGUUACAGCGGUGUCAGGGAGAGGCUGCCAGUCAUCAAAUAUUCCUGGAACCUUUCAUAGGUUUGAACACCCUGGGGUCGUACACUGUGGCUCCAUGGCAAGCGGCUGUGGGUGGAGCUUUUCCCAUGACAUCAUGUGAGGGAGAGGAGAGGAGAGGAGAGGAGACAUAUAACUGAGUGACAGGGCUCAGCCACCUGCAGACAAGCAGCAGCAGCAGAACAUACAACACAGCUGUAAUCGUGUGGAUAACAGUCUCUCUGCAGAGUAUCAACCAUAUACUGUCAACUAUGUCUACUAACACCAGUGUUCUUCUUCUCAUCACACUUUGGGCUUCCAUGCAGGAUGGUUUGGGUCUUCCGGUGGUGAAACAGCUGGAAGCGGAGGCCACUGACAGCGUCCCAACACACAGAGUGAGGACCAAGCGUUGUGCCUGCAGCAGCAUGCUGGACUCUGAGUGCCACUACUUCUGUCACCUGGAUAUCAUCUGGGUCAAUACACCCAGUAAGACAACAAUUUAUGGCUUGGGCAGCUCUCUGUCUCGACGCAGAAGGUCUAUUGGCCGCUGUACUUGUGCCAACCCUGAUGACAAAACCUGCACCAACUUCUGCUAUCACAGCUCUGAAACUGCCUCUUCAAAGAAACUUGUAAAGAGACGUCAACUCAACAUUGUCAGCAUCCUAAGAGCUGUGGCCAGCAGAUCCAAGAUAGAUUCAGGGGCUCAGAAGAAGAAGAACGUUGGCUAAACACAACGUGUCUGCUGAGGCGGCGAGAAUGAGAGAAAGAGAGCAGCGAGCACCUGAACAAAUGACACUCCUUUGAAAGCCAGGAGGGACACAAAGGGCUGCUGACAGAUCCGACGCAGGAAGGCCGGCGCGCCACAAAGAUGUCUGUUUGUGCCUGGGAAAAGAGGGCGGAAAUCGUGACAAAGUUCUGCAAACACAUCAUAGAAAGACGUGUUGUGGAUAUGCAUGGAGAGGAGCUGCUAUCAGCACAGGAGAAUGCUGUGCCUGUGGUCAUGUUCGACUCUGUAAGAGAUGGAGCAGUUGUGUUUGUGUCACUGUACAGACAGUGACGGAUGUAACAGAGAAAAAGAGACAUACAUACUGUACAUACAUUUAUCUGUACAGGAAUCUUUCUGGUAGAUGGCAUGUUUUGACUCAUUCCUCUGUAAAAAUACAUUUUUCAUUUUUGUCUUUCUGUAAUGAAUCAACAGUUUUAUUAUUUUACACUUUGUAAAUUUGUUAUUAGUGACCUUAGGGAAGGAAAAUGUAGAAUAUAACACGUAGAAUGCUUAAAGUUGUGUUUUUGUAUCAAGGAUUAUGUUGUGCGACAGUGUAAAUAAAUUAGAACUAAAUCAAGUCUGUCUCACAUUUUACAGUAUAUCAAAGUCAAUGUAAUGAUAUAUUUAACCUGAAAAAUCAAUAAGAAAAAAACUGACCCUCAUCUUGUUUUAAUCCCUUAAUUUAUUGCUUAUGGGCUUCUCUGCUUGCUUUAGGAGAGUGCACUGUGUAAAUAAAGUUAUUUCUCUAAAGAAACUAUAAAACUUAUAAUUAGAAUAAUUCAUUUUAGACAAUGUGUGUGCCUCGGUUGUGUGACAAGCAAACACAUUUCUGAGUUCAAAAGAGGGGGCCUGAGAUGGAUGAAUGGUGCAGGAAUGCAAAGCUCACAUCAGUAAUAAGUUUACUUACUAUUCAAAGGCAGCGCAGCUUGUGUUAUCAUAAGGAUCUGUGGAAAGAAUGCAGCGUUUUGUAACUUUGCUGAGGGGGGUGGAAGAGAGAGGCACAAAAUGCCCCGUCACCCUGUGUUCCUCUCUGACUGCUUGCACUGUACAUACCGUCCAUGCACACCUGAAUAUGCAAGGCAGACACAGACUGGAGCUGAACAAAAUAACCGUGAGAGACCAUUUAACUGUCAUCUAAUGAAUAAAGCGUUGGACGAAUGACCUUCAUUUGUUGCCACUGAUGGGUGAUAAGAAUCAAGUGUUAAUGUGGCUCAGAAUUCAGGAGCAGUCAGGAGUUUUUUCUGCUUUUUUGCGCUUUCACCUGCAGCCUUUUUAUUUAUUUUUUUUUACAAUAUU